CUACAUUGGUUCAGUUAUCUUUCAAUUCGUUUUCUUGUAAAUAAUAACGAUUUUUGUUUCAAAUUUUACUAUAUAGAAAUCCAAAAUAUGAAAAUAUGUUCAUAUAUGUUCCAAUGACAUUCCUUUAACAGGUCAUUUGUACCGAUGAAUCAAAAAACAAGCCCCACGCUAUCAAUUAAGUACAUGUAUCGGAACACUCAUUCGCAUACAAUAUACAUAAAUGCCUUAUCUUACUUUUGCUACGUAACACAAACUUAAGCGUUCGGGAAUCACAUACAAUAUGUAGGCCUGCCCGCUAGGCAGCCAUAAAAUAAUGAAAUAUAAAUAGUGUGGGAGCUAUUAUCAAAUUCAGUUUAGCAUUGAUUUUUAUGGACGCCGGUUGUGCCAUUAGCCAAUAAUUGUAACGUCUCCAGAGCGGUGAUAAAAGAGCAAAAAAACAAAAACAAGUGAAAGUGUGACAUAAAACAUAAUAAACUGAAGUGGCUAACAAACACAAAUCGACAAUAAUUGAAUUACCAAAAACAAAAUAAAGAACACAAGUGCCACUUGUUAAUUAGUGAUUAGAAACACGAUUAUAAUUUAAACGAAGCGAAAAUGGGAAGAAACGAAUUCGAAAACAACACUUAUCACGCGGCAAAUAUGCCCAACGUAACGGUAUAUGUGCAGGAUUCUAUGUCCGAACCUGCUACAAAUGGUUACGAUCGUACAGUGGUGGAGGAUGUGAAUAGCAGUCAGACAAUUGUGACUGAUUCAGAUAUAGAUAGUAAUACACAACAACAAUUAAAUCCAUUGCGACGCAUCUUCAUAUUGGAACCGCCCGUAUUUCUAUUGAAUUUCGCCUCAUCAUUAUCAUCUGUGGUAUUUACCAAUCAAUUACUUUAUCAGUCCUGCAGAGUCACAUUUGGACACACAGAAGCCGAAUGCGAGCCAAUGUUGGGUAUUUCAAAUGCAACAAUUAACCAUGAAAUCGAAAACCAAGUACAACCAUAUGUCUCACGCAUCAUAUUAGCCAAUUCAUUGGUCUCCAGCAUUUUACCCGCAAUAUUAGCGCUCUUUAUUGGUGCAUGGUCUGAUCGUUUCGGACGGCGGCCGGUGCUUUUGAUUUCACUAAUUGGUAUUUUCUUGGGCUACAUUGUCAGCUUCAUUUUGGCCAUGGUCUCCGCUAAAUCUGCCACCAAUCCCUGGCUAUAUGUGAUCGCACAAAUUCCUGCGGCAGUGACUGGUUCCACUUGCGCUUUCAUGAUCGUCUGUUACUGUUAUAUUGCCGACGUUGCGCCACCACUAUUGAAGGGUCUCAAAAUGGUCUUGAAUGACGCCGCAAUCGGUGCGGGUUCUGUCAUCGGCACAUUGGCGGGCAGCGCACUCUUCGCAAAAACCAGCAUGCAGGUCGUAUUUGCCAUUUCGGCUGCAGCAUUACUCGUCGCUUUCGUCUAUAUCUACUUUGUGAAUGAGGAGAGUCUGAAGGUGACGCACAACACAUCAUUGGGUUAUAAACUAUGCCAAUUCUUUAGCAUUAGUCACGUGAUUGAUCUGGUGCGCACUUGUGUGGCCAAACGCGCCAAUUACAUGCGCACCUUCAUCUGGUUCGCCAUGAUCGCCUUGAUCAUCACCAAUUUCACAAGCGCUGGUGAAGGCAAUGUAUUCUAUCUAUUCCUGCGCGCCAAAUUCAAUGCGACUGUCAGUCAGUACAGUGACUACAAUUCCAUUGGCAAUGGCAUACAAAUUAUUGGUGGCAUUAUUGCUGUUGUUGCAUUCAGAAAGUAUUUGCGCUUGUCAUUCGUCACCAUGGCCAUGUUGUCGCUACUGUCGGCCGUUUGUGAGAGCACAGUGCGCGCCGCUGCACAAAAAUUCUGGGAAAUGUACUUGGGUACGGCGCUGGGCUUCAUGGCGGGCAUUAUUGGACCCAUGUUGUUGACAAUCUUGGCCUUCGUUACGCCCACAAAUGAAACUGGCAAGAUUUUCUCCGUCACUACUGCGUUGCAGACGAUCACACCGCUCGGCGCUUCACCGCUUUACACCAGCGUUUACGAUGCCACGCUAUCCUAUUAUCCGGGCAUGUUCAAUAUUAUCAGCGCGAUUUUGUAUUUCAUUAGUUUUCUGCUCGUUGCCGUAAUCUUAAUUGUAUCGAAACGCAAGGAAAUUACCGUUAGUCCACCAAGUCCACCCAGAGUUUAAUUUUCAACGUUAUCGU